AGUUCAAAAAAAUAACACUAAAUAACCAAAACAAAACCCUAACCUGAUAUAAAUUAGGGUUUCCUGUUAUAAAUUUCCCUUUGGCCGCUUCUAUCCCUCGUAGGCACUAUUGCUCGCAUCUCCUUCUCCCUCUCCCUCUCCAGCUUACAGUUAAGCAAUGGCAGCAGAAGUGGCGGCGCCGCUUGUUAGCUCAGAGCCAAUGCAGCCUUACAAUGAAGUGAAGCUGUUUAAUCGCUGGACGUUUGAGGACGUUCAGGUCAAUGAUAUUUCCUUGUCUGACUACAUUGGGAUCCAACCAGCCAAGCAUGCUACUUAUGUUCCGCACACUGCUGGGAGGUAUUCAGUAAAGCGUUUCAGGAAGGCUCAAUGCCCAAUUGUGGAGAGGCUUACAAACUCAUUGAUGAUGCAUGGUAGAAACAAUGGGAAAAAAUUGAUGGCUGUUAGGAUUGUGAAACAUGCUAUGGAAAUCAUUCACCUUUUGACUGAUCUAAACCCUAUCCAAGUUAUUGUAGAUGCUGUGGUUAACAGUGGGCCACGGGAAGAUGCAACCCGUAUUGGUUCUGCUGGUGUUGUGAGGCGUCAGGCUGUGGAUAUUUCUCCUCUAAGGCGUGUGAAUCAGGCCAUCUAUCUCCUUACUACUGGUGCUCGUGAAGCUGCUUUCAGAAACAUCAAGACCAUUGCUGAAUGUUUGGCUGAUGAGCUUAUCAAUGCAGCAAAGGGCUCUUCCAACAGUUAUGCCAUCAAGAAAAAGGAUGAGAUUGAAAGAGUUGCCAAGGCCAACCGUUGAGGGAUCAAUAUGAGAUGGCAGUGGAGAAGAAUUUUGGAUGUCAUUUUGUUUUUUAAGCCUUUUGUUGUCAUUUCUUUUACUUGUUUUCCAGGCUAUGUAGAUAAGCUUAAACCAUUUGAACUUAUGCAAAAUGCUUGAGAUUCUUGUUUUA